AUGGCCAAGUUCUCCGUUGCCGCCCUUGCGGCUCUUCUGAGCACCGCUUCCGCCUCCCUGGUCGCACGACAGACGGCUGCCAGUACCACCGCCGCCGCGACCACCACGGCGGCAUCCGCCCCUUCGGCCGUCUCAGACUGCGCCGUCACCUCAUCUACCCAGAUUUGCAAGGUUGGCACCACAGAGUACAUCAUCGCGGAAACCCCAACCGGCGCGCUGCCCAGCUCCUACACCGGCUGCCACAAGCAUGCGACCGACACAUACUGCUUCUACCCUGAUGGCGAGGUUCUCGUUGAGGCUGCCAACGCCCCGGCUGCUACUGCCGCUACCACGACUGCCGCCGCCGCAACUGGCAUGCCCACGGCUGUCUCUGACUGCCAUCUCCAUGGAGUCACUGUUUUCUGCAUGUGGGGUACCUCCGAGUACCAGGUCAUGACGACGCCCACCAACACCGCCGCUUCCGCUAUCCCGACUGCAUUCACCGACUGCCACGCACACGGUACCGACACCUACUGUAUGGCCCCCAACGGUGACGACGUCGAGAUCGUGGCAGAGGGUGCCGAGUCCUCCGACUCGGGCAGUGGCAGCGAUAGCGAAACGCCUCAAGGCGAGAAUUGCCACUUCCACGCCGGUGUUGAGCAUUGUGUUGGAGCCGGCGAGAGCGAGAGCAGCGGCACAAGAAGCUGCGCAAAGGUUGCGCGCGACUACAACAUCCCUCUCCGCGUCGGUCUCCUGUUUGUCAUCUUGGUAACCAGCGCGUUCGGUGUCUACUUCCCAAUCUUCAUGAUCAAGUGGAUGCCUACCAAGACGCACACCAUUUUCCUCAUCCUCAAGCAGUUUGGAACCGGCAUCAUCAUCUCGACUGCCUUUGUCCACCUGUACACACAUGCGCAACUCAUGUUUGCCAACGAGUGCCUGGGAGAGCUGGGCUACGAGGGCACCACAUCCGCCAUCGUCAUGGCUGGCAUCUUUAUCUCUUUCCUGGUCGAGUAUCUCGGCAAGCGCCUCGUCAUGGCCAAGGUUGCUGCUAACCCGACCUCUGCAUCUCGCUUCUCUCCCGAGACAGUCACUGUCCUGGUUCUUGAGUGCGGUAUUAUCUUCCACUCCAUCCUGAUUGGUAUUACUUUGGUCGUCGCCGGUGACACCUUCUUCCUCACCCUCUUCGUCGUCAUUCUUUUCCACCAGAUGUUCGAAGGUAUCGCGCUCGGUACUCGCAUUGCCCAGCUCGGCACCGCCUCCCCCGUGGAGAAGAAUGAUCGCCCUGCCGCCGUCGAAGUCGAACAAACCUCCUCCACCCCCGACAGCCUCAACUCCCUCAAGGCUCCAACCUUCUCUCUCGUCAAGAAGCUUAUCCUCGCCACCCCUUUCGCGCUCGUCACCCCCAUCGGCAUGGCCAUCGGCAUUGGCGUGCUGCAGCAGUUCAACGGCAAUGACCGCAGCACCAUCAUUGCUAUCGGCACUCUCGAUGCGGUAUCCGCUGGUAUUCUUGUCUGGGUCGGUGUUGUGGAGAUGUGGGCCGAGGACUGGAUGCACGGGCACGCAGAGCUGCUUCACACCAGCCCCAUCGUCACCAUCCUGGCUGGUCUCGGCCUGGUCGCUGGCAUGAUCAUCAUGAGUGUGCUUGGCAAGUGGGCUUAA